AUGGACCCCAGUGGCCAGGGCUGCGCACUCUCCUCACUCUAUGUGGGCGAUCUGCACCCCGAUGUGACUGAAGCUAUGCUCUAUGAGAUGUUCUCCCCCAUUGGCACUAUUCUGUCCAUCCGUGUGUGCCGGGACGUGGCUACCCGACGCUCCUUGGGCUAUGCCUACAUCAACUUCCAGCAGCCUGCUGAUGCGGAACGGGCACUGGACACAAUGAAUUUUGAGAUGAUCAAAGGCCAACCCAUCCGUAUCAUGUGGUCCCACCGAGACCCAGGGCUUCGAAAGUCUGGUAUGGGCAACAUCUUUAUCAAAAACUUGGAGAACUCCAUUGAUAACAAGGCUCUCUAUGACACCUUCUCCACCUUCGGGAGCAUCCUCUCUUCUAAGGUAGUAUAUAACGAACAUGGAUCACGGGGCUUUGGCUUCGUACAUUUUGAGACUCAUGAGGCUGCCCAGAAGGCCAUCAACACCAUGAAUGGGAUGUUGCUGAAUGACCGAAAAGUCUUCGUAGGCCACUUCAAGUCUCGACAGAAGCGGGAGGCAGAGCUGGGAGCUCGGGCCCUGGGGUUCACCAACAUCUACGUGAAGAACCUGCAUGUGGACAUGGAUGAACAGGGCCUCCAGGAUCUCUUCUCCCAAUUUGGAAAGAUGCAGAGUGUCAAGGUGAUGAGAGACAGCAAUGGCCAAUCCCGGGGCUUCGGCUUUGUCAACUUUGAGAAGCAUGAGGAAGCUCAGAAGGCCGUGGACCACAUGAACGGGAAGGAUGUGAACGGGCAGCAACUGUUUGUGGGUCGGGCCCAGAAGCGGGCAGAGCGGCAGAGCGAGCUGAAGCGCAGGUUUGAGCAGAUGAAGCAGGAGAGGCAGAACCGUUACCAGGGUGUGAACCUCUACGUGAAGAACCUGGACGACUCCAUUAAUGACGAGAGGUUGAAGGAAGUUUUCUCUGCCUAUGGAGUGAUCACCAGUGCUAAGGUGAUGACAGAAAGUAGCCACAGCAAGGGGUUUGGCUUUGUCUGCUUUUCCUCUCCAGAAGAGGCAACAAAGGCUGUGACCGAGAUGAACGGGCGCAUCGUGGGCACUAAGCCUCUGUAUGUGGCCCUGGCACAGCGCAAGGAGGAGCGGAAGGCCAUCUUGACCAACCAGUAUAGGCGGCAGCUGUCGCGCCCUGUCUUGAGCUCCUUCCAGCAAACUACCAACUACUUAGUGCCUGCUGUGUCCCAGUCUACAGCACAGGCCAUGUACUAUGGUUCUGGCUCCAUGGCUCCCAUACAACCUGACCCCAGGUGGACAGCCCAGUCACACGGACCCUCUGUUUUUCUCUGUGCUGCCUGCCCUCCAGCUGCCUCAGUGGUCCAGUCUCUAAGCACGAUGCAGCACUCCUAUCUUCGCCUGGACAGUGCCUGCCAGGCCUCCAGCCAUAUGCCUCACUUGCAGAGCGUAGUCAACAUUGGUACUCAGACUACAGGCCCAGGGGAGGGAUGCUCUAUUCCAGGCCAGUCUCUCCUGACACAUAGAGGACCUUCAUCUGCACACAGUGCCCAUGGGGUCCAGGAGUCGGCUGUAUAUGUCCCUGGCCAUCAGCCUCUGACUGUGUCCAUGCUGGCUGCCGCACCCCUGCAUGAACAGAAACAGAUGAUUGGGGAGCGUCUCUACUCCCUCAUCCACGAUACCUGCGCCCCACUGACUGGCAAGAUCACAGGCAUGCUGCUGGAGAUGGACAACCUGGAGCUUCUGUUUUUGCUGGAGUCCCCAGAGUCCCUCCAUGCCAAGAUAGAAGAGGCGCUGGCAGUGCUGUGGGCUCAUCAGGAACUGGAGUCAGCAGAAAGCAACAGGAACUGA